GAUGUGAGUGCCAGUCAGCUAGCCAGCCUCUCCUUUUCAGUUCAUGUAACUAUGGUCUGAAGAGGAAACCAUGAAUCUCCGAGGCGUUUUUCAAGAUUUCAACCCCAGUAAGUUCCUGAUCUACGCGUGUCUGCUGCUCUUCUCUGUGCUGCUGUCACUGAGGCUGGAUGGCAUCAUCCAGUGGAGCUACUGGGCCGUGUUUGCGCCCAUCUGGCUCUGGAAGCUCAUGGUCAUCAUCGGGGCGUCUGUGGGCACUGGAGUGUGGGCUCACAACCCGCAGUACAGGGCUGAAGGGGAGACGUGUGUGGAGUUUAAGGCCAUGCUGAUCGCAGUGGGAAUCCACCUGCUCCUGCUCACCUUCGAGGUGCUGGUCUGCGAGCGCGUGGAACGGGCUUCGAUCCCCUACUGGCUCCUGGUGUUCAUGCCGCUCUUCUUCGUCUCUCCGGUGUCAGUGGCCGCGUGUGUGUGGGGAUUCAGACACGACCGCUCGCUGGAGCUGGAGAUUCUGUGCUCUGUAAAUAUUCUUCAGUUUAUCUUCAUCGCUCUGAAACUGGACGGGAUCAUCAGCUGGCCGUGGCUGGUGGUGUGUGUGCCGCUCUGGAUCCUCAUGUCCUUCUUGUGUCUGGUGGUCCUCUAUUAUAUCGUGUGGUCUGUGCUGUUUCUGCGCUCCAUGGAUGUGAUCGCGGAGCAGCGGCGCACACACAUCACCAUGGCCAUCAGCUGGAUGACUAUAGUCGUGCCCCUGCUCACUUUUGAGAUUCUCCUCGUCCACAAGCUGGAUAAUCAUUAUAGCCCCAACUACGUCCCGGUGUUUGUUCCUCUCUGGGUUUCUUUAGUGACUCUAAUGGUGACCACAUUUGGCCAGAAAGGAGGCAAUCACUGGUGGUUUGGCAUCCGUAAAGACUUCUGCCAGUUCCUACUGGAGCUCUUCCCGUUCCUCAGGGAAUAUGGCAACAUCUCCUAUGACCUGCAUCACGAGGACUCAGACAUGUCCGAGGAGUUGCCCAUUCACGAGGUGCCCAAAAUCCCAACCAUGUUUCGUAAGAAGACGGGGGUGGUGAUCACCCAAAGCCCUGGGAAAUACUUUGUGCCCCCACCCAAACUGUGCAUCGACAUGCCAGACUAACAUUGGAGCUCUCGUAUACAGUAUAGCACUAUGCACUGGGAUUCGCUUUGUUACGUACUGUUGAAGACGGAAACAACAAUCCCAUUAAACUCGGCUCUUGUUUCCUAAAAAAAUAGCUGCGCAAACGGACCUGUUGACAUCAGGAGCGCAUCGGUCGAAAUUUCCUGACCACUCACUCGAAGGACUCCCAGAGACAGACUGUCUGUAAAUAAGUGUGUUUUUUACAAGGUGUCAGAUAUUUUCUGUAUUUUAAACGAAAUGUCCAUCGCUCUUAGGUUUUCUAGCUUCGCUAGCACUGUACUGAAUGGAUUUCAUGACAGUUCCUCAUUUAUACUGGGAUCGCAGUGUUUGCGGUAGAAGAACAACUCUGUGAAAAAUAGCCGUAAAUGAAGAGUUGACCGUAUUUUGUGAGUCCUGCUUAUUUAUGCUUUUGAAUUGCUUUAUUAUUGAUCUUUCCUGCAAAGAUUUAUGAUGUUGAACAGUUUGAAAUAGUGACUUUUAUUAAGAUUUUAUAUAGUCUUUAUUUGGGUUGUCACAAUACUGAAAUUUGGUACCAAUCUCUACUGAAAUUUUGUCUAUUUCCUUCUAACAUUUAAGUGCGUUCUUAAACAGCGCUGAUUUGUUAUUAAGUUCACAUGCUCAACAGAAAUGACUGUGAUUGGCUGUGAAGAUAAGCUGAUGGACCGAUCUUCACUGCUUUAAAACACUCCAGUGUCCCUGUAUCUGUGGUUACACUGAGUAAACAGAGGUGAGUUUGGUGAACUGAUGACCUUCACGGCCAAUCACAGUCAUUUCUGUUGAGCAUGUGAACACAAUGGCAAAUCAGUGCUGUUUAAGAACGCACACAACAGCGCUCAAAUGUUAGCAGGAAAUUGACAUUUUUAAUAUUUCAGUAUAGAUUGGUACCGAAUUUUUAGUAUCCUGACACUAGUCAAGAGGUGUCAAAACUUAGUUCCCGGGGGUUUAGUUUUAACCCUGCUCCAACAUGCUUACAUGUAGGUUUCAAACUAAUCUGAAGGACUCAAAUAGUUUGAUCAAGUGUCUUUAAUUAGGGUUGGAACUAAACUGCGCAGAGCUGCGGCCCUUCAGGAAUUGAGUUGGACAGCUGUGCACUGGUCUGUAUCAGUGUAUGGUGCAAAAACCUGCUAAUGUUUCUGUUAUUAUACAGACUAAUCUCUAUAUAUAGAAUUCCUUAUGCAAAAACAUGUUUCAAACUGCUAAAUUGUCAUUAAAAGUCACUUUAAAGAGUGCUAAAUUUUCAAUAUCAUAUAUCAACACCGCAGGAAUAAAGGUCCCAUAAUGCAAUUCACAAGUGUAAAUAAACAGUAUGACAAUAAAGCAGUGAAUCACAAAAUA